AUGGCGAAUCGAAUGCAGCGAUUGGUACAACUAGGAAAAGAGGGUUUAGUUCCACCACCUUUUUCUAUACCCAAUCCUAAUUUAAAUAUAAGCGAUAAAAUAAAUAUUCAAGAAAUUAAUACUAUUUAUGACGACGAUUCUUUGCUGGAUGAUACCUAUGUAGAACCGUUAAGACACGCAAAUCGUUUCGAUUAUGAAAUACUUGGUAUGCACGAAAACUUGAUUCCUAUUCCUGAUACUGUUAACGCUGGGGUACAAACUAUCGGUGAAAAUAUUGUACAAUAUGAAGAAAUUAUUCAUGAAGGUAAAGAAAAUCAAGAGCCAAGUUCUCAUUCUAUCUGCUUGAAUGAAGGCUCAGACUUUUCUGCAGGUAGUGGUGACGAAUAUAAACCACCAAGGCGUGAUAGAUCGUCAUCUACGAGUUCGUCGAUAGUAUCUUCUAAUAUCAAAAGAGGAAAGAAGAGUCAGAUACCCAAAUAA